AUGGAAUUUUUCGUUGGAACCGCCCAAAUUCAAUUGGAAAAAUUCACUUUUCCGUUUUCUCGCGAAAAGAUACCGUCUGCCAUUAAUUAUCUGGCGAAGAUUUUCGAAGAAAAUUGCGAUCAUGCCGCUAAUCAGAUUCCAGUCUGCGUCUCCAGAGGUGAACUCGAUCGAAUUCUCGAGCAUUCCCAUGUUCACAAUGAUGCACUUACCCAACAACGGCCACCUUACCCCCAGCUGCACCCUGCCGCAACUGUACGAUGUCUUCAGGGCAGGCAGCGUUAUGAAGCAGCUCUACAGGUCUUGGGACCGCAAACAUGGUGGAGCGUCAGAUUGUUUUGCAUUCCAAGCGAUUGUCGUCUAGACGUUCUACUUAAGCGCGAGAUAAAUGAUUUGUCAUUCGAGACUUCGUAUUCAGAUGGAGAGGUGUUUCGUCGGAUAUAUUCUUAUCAGCUGGAAGGAGAACAGGAACUUGCGGAUGACUGGCGUCUUCGCCUGAGCACAUAUAAGCAAGGUAAAGGCCUUCCAAGAUUGCUCGGUAUGGAAAACAUUGCAGAAAUUCUGUACGAGUUGACCAGCUACCCUGGCCUUAAAAACGGCCUGAAACUUGGGAAUAUAGAGUCACAUUUGGCUACGCAUUGCGAUGAAGAAAUGUGUCACUAUCUGCGUCACGUCAAGGAGGUAUGGCGAAAAAUUACUCUGAACAAUCCCGAAGUACAACAGGCGACGGACGACGAAACAGUGCGGGCUCUCGAGCGUCUUGCCCCAUCGGCUAGCCGUAACGACAGUCGGACAAUCAGAGAGCUGAUGCUUUCGAGGAAACUUUUUAGCACUAUUUUUAGCCGUAUUCUUCGUGAUGAAAUCGAAGAGCAACUUUUACAAAUAGGUGUUGUCAUACCAAGCAUAGAGACCUUCCAUGAUAACAUGGGGUAUUUAAGCAUUGGUAUGUCGAUACUUCGCGAAAAUAUAGUAGGAGAUAAAAUCAGGGGGACGAUGGCUCAAGCUAUGCAAAAUAUAUGGCAACCGCGAGAGAACUUGAUUGAACAUGCAGAGGGUCAAUAUUACCUAUUGCCUCGUCAACCCAGCUUCUUUCUGGCAUAUCAUGUUCUUUUCAUAUCAGCCAUCAGAAACUUCCCAAGGCUAUCCAAAAUUGGACCCCUUCGAGAGCGUCGAUUGUCGCCUGUAAAAAGCGGCAUUGAAGAGACAUACUUGGAAAGAUUCUUGACGCUUGCCCAAGCCCUAGGAUUCACUUCCCAUAGGCUUGAGUCCAAGCUUCGUCAGGUUUCUCCCGGUUCGCCGUUAGCUGCCACCCAAUUGUCUGUGCGCAAAACCCGCGAAGACAGCGUGAAGAAUAGAAGCGGUCGACCAUUGACCAGCUCUUAUCACUUCAUAUCUCGGUCUCUCUUCCUUCCCCAAAUGCUUAUAGAACCAGAGGUCAGCGGACACCCUAGCAUUCUUUUUGUCCAGGCAGAUUUUAUGCGUUCCUUUUUCCGCGGAUUUCCCAACGACUAUAGCACCAUAGAUGUGAAUUCAACCGCUGCACAGACGGCCGAGCAUGCGGAGAGUACCACACGAGAAGAUGACUGUGAGCAACAGGAGCUUGGCGGAUGUACAACUUCAAUUGUGCCUACCGAGUUUCAAAGUCUAGCAGGACGGCAAAGUUCACUUGAUAAACUGCACUUGAACAAUGCAGUCUUGUCUGCUGCCGCGUCGGCUUUACGUCGCAGGCGGUUACCCCUCCAGGAAUCCGAAAGCCCGCGAUCCAUGUUGUCACCUGUUGGGCAAGAUCAGGCGGGUAGUAAAGAUCCAACCCUCUACCAUUCACGGCACUCGUCUAAUUCCGGUCUCCAUCACGAGGGCUCAAUCAGAACUCCAGAAACAUAUCAUAGUUAUAGAAUAGGCCAUCACAUUGAGAACCGAGCUUCACAUGGUUCGUCAUCAACCGGUCGUACUAUUUUUUCCCCUGAAGACUUCACAGAACCCGUAACGCUUAAAUGA